CUGAAUUUCGAUUGACAUCACCAAAAGAAGAAGGGCAUGAAGAAAUCCGAGCCACCAAAGGCAGCAAAACGCGAAGAUGGGGUCGAUUUGAUCAGUAGCAUGCCGGAUGAUAUUCUUGUUUCGAUUCUUUCACAUCUUCCGCACACCGAAGAAGUUAUUCGAAGCAGCAUUUUGUCCGAGUGCCUUGAUGGUGCAUGUGAUCCCUCUCUACCUAAUCUGAGGAAUCUUGUGCUUAAUACAACUAUGGAUGCCUUCACCAUGGAUAACUUCAAACGAGUUCUCAAAUAUUAUCCCAAACUGGUGUAUCUCGAGUUGGUCAUUGAACAGGAUUUUCAUGGAAAAUACGCGUGUUUGGAUAAAGAUGAAACAAUGAGAAUCUCGACUCCUGAUAUGAAAAAAGUCUGAGUUUUUUGAAUUUAAUGGAGAAAAGCCGGAACUACUCAUAGACUGGUGUGGAGAUAAAUUGGAUAUGUUUUUCACUUGGGGGUGACGUAGCCAGUUUCUGAUAAACUGUAAAGUAGCAUCUAACUUACCUAUCCAUGUGAUGGGAUGGGGGAAACUAGAUUUUCUGGUUUUAUUUGGAUGCCUUU